GUGCGGGCCAUGGACGGUGAGCGGGCGCACUUUAGCCUGGCCAACCUGGCCAACACCCGCACGGUCAGCGAGGGCAUCCGCUCCCUGAGCCACGCCGAGUUGGCCUUUUCCACAUUCCACGCCCUGCCCCGCGACGUCUACUACUGGGUCCUGCCUGACCGCUUCAAGGGAGACAAGGUGACGUCGUAUGGCGGGGAGCUGCACUACACCGUUAUGCACAGCGCGGCACCCGGUGCCCAGCCCCUGCCCAGCCAGCCCGACGUGCUUCUGCGUGGCAACGGCAUCUUCCUGGAGCACUUCGCCGAGGCCGGCCCCCUGCCGGGGACCCCCACCCGCUUCACUGUCCCCUUCCGAGAG